AUGAGGCAGCGCCUCUUGGAAGCCGGCAGAGCCGGGGCGCGGCGGCGACGGCGAGGCGGGCGGUGGCCUGGCCUGGGGGCGCCGCGACUCCGCCCGGGGCGUGCUGGGGGUCUACCUCCCCUGCGCGCACCGCCGCGCCUUCCUGCUGCUGAUCAGGGAGGCGGGGAGGCAGGCCUGGCGAGGCCGCUGCUCCAACGCCACGACCAGCCAGCCACGCGCAGGACAGCAGGCAGUCGUGGUGUCGGUAGUGCCUCCUGGGCUGGUGCCGGCCUGUGUCCGCAGCUGUGGCCCAGCUUCGCACCCGUGACCGACACGGUCAGCCGGCACUUCCUCCUCUCCACCGAGCAGAUCAACUGGCUCUCACUGGCCUACCUGGUGGUGUCCAUCCCAUUCGGCGUGGUGGCCAUCUGGGUUCUGGACUCUGCUGGGCUCUGCUGGGUGACCGUCCUAUGUGCGUGGCUGAACUGCUGCAUGACCACCAGCCGCCAGGACCCAUUUGCUUUCCUCACGGGUGGGCAGAGCCUCUGUGCCCUCGCCCAGACCCUGGUCAUCUCUCCAGCCAAGCUGGGCCUGUGGUUUCCCGAGUACCACAGAGCCACAGCCAACACGAUCGGCACCGUGUCAAACCCCCUGGGCAUCCUGGUGGCCAACCCGCUGUCUCCCACCCUGGUGAAGAAGGAGGAGGACAUCCCCUUGAUGCUGGGCAUCUACAUCAUCCCUGCUGGCCCCUGCUUGCGUCUGGGAGAGCAAGCCCCCGCCCCGCCCUCCGCGGGGGCUGUCCACUCCACUGCACAGAAGUUCCUAGCAGGGCUGGAGCUGCUCGCAGGGAACAAGGCCUACAUCAUCUGGCCCCUGGCCACGCGCUUUGGGGGCAGCGUUGGCAUCUUCUCCAGCUUCUCGUCCCUCCUGGAGCAGAUCCUCUGCGUGAACGGACACUCCAGCAUGGGUGCCGGCCUCUGCGGGGCUCUCUUCAUUGCGUUUGGGGUCUUGGGGGCGCUGCCUCUUGGCCUGUACGUGGACCAGACCAAGCAUUUCACUGGAGCUGUCAGGAUCGGCCUCUGCCUGACAUCUCUGGUCUGCAUGGCCUUUGCCCUGGUGUCCCAGCUGGCCGCCACCUGCUCGCUGCUUGGGCUCUGCUUCUCAGCGGCGCCUGUCGCCGUGCAGCUGGCUGUCGAGCGCUCUUUCCCUGUGGUAGGGUGGGCCGCGGGCCUGGUCCUCGUGCUGGGACUACGGGUGCCGGGGAAGCAAGCAGUGCCCCGGGCAGGGCUGAGGGCCUCGUGGCUGUGCAGGCAGCCCGAGGGUGUGCUCAGCAUGGCGCUGCUGGCCUCCCUGACCGUGCGCCGUGUGGAGCUAUCCUUCUCCACCUGCCGGGACGGCCAGGACCCGCUGUGGGGUUCGGGGUCCCCUGCACCCGGGGGGCACUCUGGCACUUGGGGAGCCUCGGCAGAGCUGGGCCACGGCCCCCCGGAGUCCACGUUGCUGGUGGCCGGCCUGUGCGUCCUUUUCAGCUGCCUUGGGGUGCUCUUCCUGUACACCCCAUACCGGUGCCUGCAGGCCGAGGCCGACACAGCCCCUCCGUCCAGGAAGACGUGCGCCCGGCAAGCUCGGCAGCCACCCCCGAGGCCCCGCCGCGGCCCCCCCACUGGCCCCAGCAGCCCCUCCUGGAGCCGGUGAUCCUGGCUCCGCCUCCCUCCCCCUGGGAGUCCUCCGAGACGUCACGGGGCCCCUGCAGCGGACCAGAGGCCGGGGAGCAGUUGGUGCGAUGAGAAGCGGGCCUGGGGCCGUGAAGGGGCGGCCAGGAAAGGCAGGCCCUGGUCCCCUCGGCUACACCAGUCACACCUGAGGCCGGGACAGUGCCAGCAUCCGGGGGGCCCGGGGUCCUCGAACAUAGGCAGGCUGGCCCAGGGGACUCCCUGUGGAUGUAGCAAGGAGAGCUGCCGCUGUGUAGGCAAGAGGCCGCUGACCAGGCGGGGCACUCCAGUGGCCAGGCCAGACCCAGGGUGGCUGGGGCAGGGGCUGCGUAUGGGCAGGCCGGCCUGGCCUGGGGGCACGGCUGAGGGGCGCUGAGUGGGCUGGGGAUUCUGAGGGCCCCAGCAUGGCUGAGUCUGGAGUGGACAGGUGUGGGGAAGGCCUUCCUUGAAGGAGCCUAUCCCAGAGCCAUGCUCAACCUCUGCUGAGCCCUGAAUGAGCAGCCCCCCAGUCAGGCGCGAGCACAGGUGGGGAGAGCAGGUGGGGCCAGGCUGGGCCGGAAGCAGAGGGUGGGCCCCACGCAGACGCUCCCACCCCCUGAAGACCCUCCUACCCCCACGGACACGCCCACCCCCAGGGGGGCACCUUCUCCCCCCGAAAGAGACACUCGCAGGCCGGUUUGUGGGUUCGCGUUUAUUGAACUGGCCGCGGCCCAUUGGGGGAGGGGUGCCCCUCACUCCGCCUCCCCGUGGGUGAGCACGUAGCUCAGUGCCUUGUAGUCCAGGUUGCCUGCAGCGUCGAUGGUGGAGAACUGGAACAUCUGGUCAACCUGCGAGUUUGGUGGGGGUCGUGAGGCCCAGGCAGGGGUGGGAGGGAGUGGGAGGGUCCCCGAGGCCGCAGC